UGUCUGAUGAUUGAAGAGAGUCAAGAUCUCGAGUCUUUUUUAUUUAUGUGAGAAUGGUUGUUUAUAGAAACCAGGGUGUAAAUUUGCAUAAAGCUAUUUUAGACCAUACACGUAGGCUAACAAUAUACAAAACAGGACAUUUAAUUUAAUAAACAUAUACAGAUUUACAUUGAACUACACAACUCAAACAGAUCACACGGAAAGAGAUUUUAUAUUUUUCUGUCGUUUUAUUGGUUCCGAGCGCAGAAUAGAAACAAGAGAUGCGGUAAUGCUGAGAUUAAAUAAGGAAAGCGUGAAACGAUCGCUGAUAAAACAGAAAAUCCAGUCCGCGCAGAUACUUUCGUGAGGGUUUGUCUCUUUAAGUCUCAGUCUGUGAGAACAUGGCGGAGACAGAAGAGCCUUCAGCUGCCGGCGGUUCUGCUGACGUCAGGAUGGUUCUGUUGGGUCAGACGGGGUCAGGCAGGAGUUCUGCUGGAAACACUAUUCUGGGUCGAGAAGCCUUCUGGACGGACGUGUCGCCCGUGUCCGUCACCGGUCGAUGUCAGAGGGCGGAGGGUGUGGUGGAGGGGCGGAGACUGGAGGUGAUUGACACUCCGGGCUUCUUUCACACGUGUCUGACCCCCGACGAGGUCCGUGCGGAGCUGAGCAGGUGCGUGAAGCUGGCAGAACCCGGGCCGCACGUCUUUCUGCUGGUGUUGAGACCCUGCAGACAAACCCGGGAGCAGAGAUCCGGUCUGGACUGGUUCAGCACCGUGUUCGGACCGCAGUUCCUCAGACACACGCUCGUUCUCAUCACCUGGGGCGACGCGCUGAGAGAGAAGCCCGCGGAGGGCUUCUUGAAAGAGAGCGAGGAAUUGUGGGAGUUUGUGGGGGAGUGUGCGGGCGGGCGUCAUGUGUUUGAGAACACCAGAGGUCGUGAGGAGAGGUCACAGGUCGUCGAGCUGCUGAAGAAGACCGAUCUGCUCAUCCAGAGAAAUGAAGGGACGUGGUACACCGUCGACAUGCUCCUGCAGGCCGAGACCGCCAUACGUCACAUACAGAGGAGGAUUCUGGGAGAGGACGGAGAGGAGGAGGCGGAGCGAGGAGGGCGGGACGAAGAGGAGGCGAGGAAGAGGGCGGAGCGUCUGUUCUGGUACGAGCUAGUCACGGCCGUGGGUCGCGGGGCGGUGGAGGGGUCCGGUGUGAUGGAGAAGGGCAAGGGCAAAGGGAAGAAGGUGAAAGCCGUACAGAGGGCGGCGGCCAUCGCUUCCACGCCGCUGUCAAUCACAAUUGCUGCUAAAGUGAUGGGCGGAGCCAUCAGAGAGGGAGUGAAAGUUCUGCAGAAACAUAAGAAAACAUUCCCGAACUAACACACAC